AUUACAAAGAUGGGAAAAAAAAUUAAGAGCCCGUUCCUAUAUCGGCCUCCUCCGGCUCCAAUGCGAGUCGUGAACGCAAACAGAUAGCAUCCCGCGUCGCCGCGAUGGAACUCUCGCCCUUGCCGAUGCUCGCUGCCUCCCGCUUCCUGUCCCUGUCGCCGCUGCUGGCGCCAACAUGCCCCCAGCGGACCGCUCCUUCAGUCCGCGUGGCCACGCAGACGCUGGAAGCGCCGGAGGCGCCCAAACCGCCGCGGCCGUCCCCCAGGCGCAGCGCCGUCGCUGAGGUCAAGGGGGCCCUUGACCCCAUCGCCGCCCUCAACAGGUUUGAGGAGGUACUGCAGACACAAGACUGCAACAUAAUUCUGCGCCACUGCGGGGACAUUAGGCGUUGGGAUGACCUCUCUAAGGUCUUUGAGUGGAUGCAGGAGCGCGAGAUGACCAACGCUGCAUCUUAUAGCAGCUACUUCAAGUACCUUGGACUGAGCCGUGACCCUGCGAGGGUGCUUCGAGUGUACGGUGCCAUCAAAGACCGAACAUUGAGGGUCCAUGUCUCCGUCUGUAAUUCAGUUCUUGGGUGCUUGGUGAAGAAUGGGAGGUUGGACAGCAGCUUCAAGCUCUAUGACGAGAUGAUACGGGAAGGUCUAUCUCCUGAUCCAUUCACCUACAGCACCCUGUUAGCAGGGUGUAUGAAGUUGAAGCAAGGUUAUACCAAGGCAAUGGGAUUGAUCAAUGAGAUGAAAUCUCGUGGUCUUCAGAUGGAUAUUGUAAUAUAUGGCACUCUUCUGGCAAUAUGUGCAUCUCAUAACUACUGUGAGGAGGCUGAAGUAUACUUUCAGAAAAUGAAAGAUGAAGGCCAUAGUCCUAAUCUGUUCCAUUACAGCUCCCUGUUGAAUGCAUAUUCAGAAAAUUCUGAUUAUGGAAAAGCUGAGCUAUUGAUGAAAGAUCUGAGGUCCUCUGGAUUAACACCAAAUAAGGUUAUGUUGACCACUUUGUUAAAGGUGUAUUCUAAAGGUGGUCUCUUUGAGAAGGCUAAGGGACUGCUAACUGAACUGGAAGCCUCAGGUUUUGCACAGGAUGAGAUGCCAUACUGCAUAUUGAUUGAUGGCCUUGUCAAAGGUGGAAAGAUACAGGAAGCAAAUAUUCUAUUUAACGAAAUGAAAGAAAAAGGAGUCAAAUCUGAUGGUUAUGCAUUUAGCAUCAUGAUUUCAGCAUUGCACAGAGGUGGUCAUCACCAAGAAUCGAAACAGCUUGCCAAAGAAUUCGAGUCUGAGAAUGCAUCAUAUGAUCUGGUUAUGCUUAAUACAUCACUGCGCACUUACUGCAGCACAAAUGACAUGGAGAGCGUAAUGAGGAUGCUAAAGAAAAUGGAUGAAUCAAACAUAUCACCUGAUAACAUUACAUUUAAUACCUUGAUAAGGUACUUCUGCAAUGCAAAGGUUUGUCACCUAGCAUACAAAACAGUUGAAGAUAUGCAUGCAAAGGGUCAUCAAUUAAAUGAGGAGCUUUGUUCUCAUGUAAUGGUACAGCUAGGAAAGGCAGGUUUCCCUUCUGAAGCAUUUUCUGUGUAUAAUAUGUUGAGAUAUAGUAAAAGAACAGUUCACAAAUCUCUUCAUGAGAAGGUCUUAGGCAUCUUAGUUCCAGCAGAACUUCUCAAAGCUGCUUAUAUAGUUGUUAAGGACAAUGCUGAUCUGAUAUCUCCUUCUUCUUUGGAGAAGUUUGCUAAAUCGUUCAUGGUCUCAGGCAAUAUAAAUCUAAUUAAUGAUGUUAUGAAAGCCCUAAACCGCUCCGGGUGGCGUAUCAGCCAGGACAUCUUUGGGAGAGCAAUUAAGAGAUACAUCCAAAAGCCUGAUAAGAAACAGUUGCUGCUGUGCCUCUUGGACUGGAUGAUUGGACAAGGCUAUUCUGUAGACUCGUCAUCAAGGAACUUACUUUUGAAGAAUGCACAACUUUUUGGCGAAAAACAAGUUAUAGCAGAAAUCCUUUCUAAGCAGCAGAUAGCAUCAAGGACUAUUGGCCUAAGACACAAAAAAUGAUAAAGGAAAGAUUUUGUAUAUGUAAAUUGUUCAUAUACAUCCAGGAUAUGCCUAGGCUGAUUGUUUGAGGAUCAAUUUAUUGUGCUCUGAGGGGUAAGUUAGAGACAAGAUAUCAGUUAUCAUCCUCAAGUGCGGAUAUGCCUAGGCUGCAAACAAACUUUAUUAGGAUUUCAGAUUAUGGAAUUUUCCAAUGAGGCAUGCUUGUUCCAGUAGCGGUACAGCUGGGAGUGGAGUAUGACCAUGCUUGCUAUGAUAUGUGUGUUAGAUUGUGUUGUCUGAAGGCUUACAGUAAGUUUUUGAUACAUAUGGACAUACCCAUACAGCUAAAGCAAAGACAAUUUGAUUUGAUUUUAGAGGAUUUUGCAUGUAAUUCAACAUGGUUGAGGUCACUGUACCUAGAAAGCAGCAUACAGAUCUAAUUUUGUUGACAAUCGUACAAGGUAUUAUUACUUAAUUACUUUGGUGAAAAGAGGUUGCUUUGAAGAUUUGACUUCACGUUGUACAUACAGGCAGAGUAUCAGACAGGUGGAUUUUUCCUAAAAAGUGGGGAAUAUGUUUCUAACCUGUUUUGUUCUUUAGGAAACUGGAUUGCACACUAUUGUGCCUUUAUGCAAACCAACCCAGAUAAAAUUGUAGCCAUGCUGAGGCAUCCAAUGUUUAUCUGUUAUCUCUAUUGAAAGGCUUGAAGUUAUUUGUCUUCAUCGCUAAAUUGGUGCCAAUGUUGAGGUGAACUUGGAGAAAGAAUCGUGCUUUAGUCUGACAAUUUAUUUGCUGGUGGUUACAUAAGAUGUCCUUUUUAGAGAUGCGUCUAUGGCACGAACUGGUAAACAGUGACAUGAACAGAUAGCUACUGUACUAUAUUUUAGCUUUGAGGCAGAGCCCGAUUAUUUUUCUUAUGCUAGGCGUCAAUUUUGCCUUUGAGAUAUUUCAGUUUGAGCUUAGCUGAACGGUGGGGACUCUAUGAUUGAACUUAACCACCACAAGCCGCAUGAUCUUUUCAAUAAA